UUGAACUGAGCGAAAGCACCGAGCUGUGAGCUCCGGGGUGAACUGCACAGCGCAAAAUUCACAAUUCUCUAACAUACUGUAAUUCAGCGGGAAAUCAAAGGUGAAUGCGGUGCAUGUUACUUAGGGUGAUCGGACGGCAGACUCAGCGGAGAGCUCUUGCUAAUUGCUCAUCAAAUAAACUAGAACAUUAGAGUCGCAGAAUGGACGGAUUUUACGACCAACAAGUGCCUUACAUGAUUUCAAAUAACCCACAAGAGCAGAAAUUUAAUGAGAGACCAACAAGUGACAGAAAGAGAAAAUUCAUUAACUCUGACCUCGCUGUGGAUACCGAAGAACUGUUCCAGGAUCUCAGUCAACUGCAGGAGGCCUGGCUGGCUGAAGCUCAAGUUCCAGACAAUGAUGAGCAGUUUGUUCCAGACUUUCAGAGCGAAAACUUGGCGUUUCAUGGACUGCAGCUGAAGAUUAAGAAGGAGCCACACAGCCCCUGUUCAGAGCUGAGCUCUGCCUGCAGCCAGGAGCAGCCCUUCAAACUCAGCUAUGGGGAGAAGUGCCUGUACAACAUCAGUGCCUACGAGCAGAAGCCCCACUCGGCAAUGAAACCAGCCAGUCCAGCAACUCCCGGCAGCACCCCUGUGUCCCCGCUCCACCAUGCCUCCCCGAACUCCGCCCUUACACCCAAACCGGACAGGACGUACCCCCACCUCCCUCCGUCGCAGCCCAUACCUGACAGCUCCUUCACAAUGGACCACAGAUUUCGACGCCAGCUGUCAGAACCCUGUCACUCUUUUCCUACACCACCUUCAAUGUCCCGGGACGGGCGUCCGAUGUACCACAGACAGAUGUCAGAACCAAACAUCCCGUUCCCCCCUCAGGGGUUCAAGCAGGAGUACGCUGACCCCCUGUUCGAGCACCCAGGCAUGGUGGGGGCCCCCAUCCCUCAGACGUACCCCCCUUCCAUGAUGAUCAAACAGGAGCCAAGAGAUUUCACCUAUGACUCAGCAGAAGUGCCUAGCUGUCAUUCUGUCUACAUGAGACAAGAUGGGUUUCUGGCUCAUGCCAACCGGACUGAAGGUUGCAUGUUUGACAAAGUUACUAGGCAUUUUUAUGAUGACACUUGUGUGGUCCCGGAAAAGCUUGAAGGUGACAUUAAACAGGAAUCCGGUCUAUUCCGUGAGGGCCCCACUUACCAGCGGCGAGGCUCCCUGCAGCUUUGGCAGUUCCUUGUGGCGCUCCUGGAUGACCCCUCAAAUUCUCACUUCAUUGCCUGGACAGGGCGUGGCAUGGAGUUCAAGCUCAUAGAGCCAGAAGAGGUUGCUCGUCGUUGGGGAAUUCAGAAGAAUCGUCCAGCUAUGAAUUACGAUAAGCUCAGCCGAUCAUUGCGUUACUACUAUGAGAAAGGAAUCAUGCAAAAGGUGGCAGGAGAGAGAUACGUAUACAAGUUUGUCUGCGACCCCGAGGCCCUUUUCUCCAUGGCAUUUCCUGACAAUCAGCGACCUGUGCUGAAGACUGACAUUGAGCGGCAAAUCAACGAGGAGGAUACAGUCCCGCUGUCGCACUUUGAUGAGAACAUGGCGUACGUGCAAGAAGGAGGCUACUGCAACCCCCAUCCAUACAGUGAAGGCUACGUCUAUUAACGUCUGCCCAGGGGGAUAUUCUAGUACUGUGUGGUUGGAGACUUAGACUUUCAGGCUUUUCUGACUCCUUUGUUUUUACAUCACAGCCAUUAUCCAGGAUGGAGAGUGCACUUUAUCGACAAAGACUGACAGUGUAACCUACCGGGCCAAGUCGAACAUUUAUUUCAAUUGUUUGUUUAUAAGAAGGGAAUUUAUUAAGGUACGCCGAAUUCUUGCGAAAGAAGAGA